CCGAGGGGCCGUUCACACAAUUGAAGAGAAAUGGCGGCGGGUUCGGGUGGGCAUCAGCACUCACAGCCCUGGCACUCGAGGACCGCCGCUCCGCCCGCACAGCUCAACCGUAGCCUCGAAAGGGUCCUGGAGGAGGCUGUGCAUUCCGGCAUCCUGAACCUCAGCGGGCGGAAGCUGAAGGAUUUCCCGGCUGUUAAUUACGAUUUGACAGAUACUGUGCAGGCAGAUCUCUCGAAGAACAGAUUUAUUGAAGUUCCACAAGAAGUUUGUUUGUUUGCACCAUUAGAGACGUUACAUUUAUAUCACAAUUGCAUCAAAUGCAUUCCGGAAACUGUUGUUAAUCUGCAAAUGUUAACAUUCUUAAAUAUUAGUCGAAAUCUUCUAUCAACAUUGCCAAAAUAUCUGUUUAAUCUUCCGCUUAAAGUUUUAGUUGUAAGCAACAAUAAGUUAGUUUCUCUUCCGGAAGAAAUUGGGAAGCUUAAAGACCUAAUGGAAUUGGAUGUUAGCUCUAAUGAAAUUCAAAUCCUCCCUCAUCAAAUGGAAAAACUUCAGUCGCUCAGAGAAUUAAAUGUACGCAGGAACCAUCUGCAGGUGUUACCUGAGGAAUUGGCAGAACUUCCUCUGGUAAAAUUAGACUUUUCCUGCAAUAAAGUGACAGAAAUACCCAUCUGUUUUAGAAAACUGAAAUACCUUCAGGUUAUAGUAUUAGAUAACAACCCAAUGCAAUCGCCUCCAGCACAGAUUUGCCUAAAAGGUAAAGUGCACAUAUUCAAAUUCCUGAACAUGCAAUCAUGCCGGAUAGACAAGAAGCCGGAUUCUCUGGAUCUACCCUCUUUGGAUAAGAGAGCACUUCCUCAACCUCUUACAGACAGCAUGGAAGAUUUUUAUCCAGUGAAAAACCAUGGCCCUGACUCAGGCAUUGGUAGCGAUAAUGGUGAUAAGCGGUUGUCUACAACUGAACCCUCAGAUGAUGAUACAAUUAGCCUACAUUCUCAGGUAUCUGAAGUAACCAGGGACUUGCCUCUGAAAUCAGACAAUCAUUUAGUUGGGAAUAAGCUCAACUCGCACAAAACCUCUUUGGAUCAGGAGCAUUUAGACUUAAUUGAUAAUGCCGAAGAAGAGGAGACACCACCAUCUGAAGCUGGAGAUGUCCAUCUAAUUCCUCCAUUUAUGACUUUUUUAAAAGAGCGAGGGAAGUUGCCUGAAAAAUCACAACUCUCCGAAGAAAGUAACUGGGGAGAUGAACCAAGGCCUUCGAGGGAUUUGCAGCAAAUGGUACAAGAUGAGGAUGAGUUGAAAGAAGUGACAGACUUGCGUAAAAUAGCAGCUCAAUUAUUACAGCAAGAGCCACAAAACAGACGGAGGCCAUUAACUUUUAAAGCAUCAUUCAAUGAAAACUUUAUCCAGAGGAGAAAGGCAGCAGGACCAGGAUCAAGACUUUUCACUCACUCAUCUUCAAUAAGUGGAAGGGACAGGAAGAAAAAAACAUUGGAGUCCGAUAGGUCAGCAGAUAAAGUAACAUCACCAGGAUCUCCUUACAGAUGUCGGGUAAUUUGUGGUUUUCAGCAUUUAUUUUUCCAUGAAUUUAUUUUGUCUACAGGCUUUUCUGGAGAGAUUGAGAAAAAACAGGAUCUAACUAAUACAGAACAUAAAUACACUGAGACACAGCAGCAUGUAAAAUGGCGUCAUGAAGAAAGGCGACAUAUUAAACAGAUGAGAAAAGAUCAUAUAAAGUUAAAAUCUUCAAAGAAGAAUAAAGAAGAAUUUGAAUAUGAAAAUGAGCCAGAUAAUGAAACUACAGUCAUGCCUUCACCAUCUUCUGUUCAGACCAUCCUUUCAUUACCUCAGGCCCUGAUCAUAUCCAGUGUGUCAUUUGAGGAGGAUGGUAGACCUGGUGGUUUCUCCACUCAACCCUCAUCAGCUCCUUUUGGUCUCAAGCCUAGAUCAGCUUUUACAUGCUCAUCUCGUCAGGAAUUUGGAGCGGUGGACCCAGGUUUUACUAUUAGAAGAAAGAUGGAACACCUACGAGAAGAAUUGGAACAAAUUAGGCAGCUUAAGCAGAACCUUGAAUUAAGGCUAAAAGUCGUUUUGCCAGAAGAUGUCGGUGCAGCAUUAAUGGAUGGGGUGGUACUUUGCCAUCUUGCCAAUCAUAUUAGGCCACGGUCGGUUGCCAGCAUCCAUGUCCCAUCACCAGCAGUGCCUAAACUGAGUAUGGCAAAGUGCAGAAGGAAUGUCGAAAAUUUUCUUGAGGCUUGCAGAAAAUUGGGAGUUCCAGAGGAUAAACUUUGUCUUCCUCAUCAUAUCUUGGAAGAAAGGGGACUGGUGAAAGUGGGUUCUACAGUGCAAGCUCUACUUGAACUACCUACAUCCAAACACACACAAUUAUCUGCUGUGUAAUUAACAUUCCUUUCUGUGCUAAGGAGCAUUUAUUAUGGUUACAUUCAUGCACUCAGUUGUAGUUUUACAGCCAAGGUUAAAAUAAGUUUUGUUCAAAAAUCAUACUUGCAGAAAUAAUAGUUAAACUAGCAUUUUUAAAGCCAAUAUAACAGCUCUCACUACUUAAACCAGCAAUUCGAUUAAAUAUCCAUGUUUAUCUGUUUUGCCAGAUAUUUGAACACAGCUAGCCAUAGCUUCCACACAAGAAAGAAUAAGUUAUUUUGUCAUUUUCUCAAUCUCUGCAAACAAAUAGGAAGCUCCUUCCAUCUAGACUUAAGAGGAAGAAACAUUUUCGCAACACUUUCAAUUUAAUUGUUCACACCAUGCUGGUGAUUUCCUCCUCCCACUAGUUUGACAAAAUGACACUUUCGAUCAAGUUUGCAGUUUGUAUAAUCUGCUUGCAGUAUUAACAUAAGGAAAAAGAUUUUCAGUGUACAGAUAUUUUGGAUCAGUUGUUUUGUUUGUAUAAUGACGUCUCUUUGGUUGCUUUGUUAUUUUUGUGAUUUUAGUUUAACUUUGUGAGUUAGUAAGUUUUAAAUUUAAUUGGUGCCCUCUAGUGCCAUUGUUUUCUCAGGGCUAUUAGGUUUUCUGUGCCAGAACAACUGGUUCAUAUAGUACUUUUUAUAUUGAGUGCCAUUGAGCCUUUUAAAUAUCAGACAUCCAUGACUGUUCCUGUUGCCUCAGACUAUUUAAAAUUUUAAUGCAUGCCAGGUUUGCUUGAAACUGGAAUAAAUACGGAAAAUGCUGAAAAUACUCAAUGGGUCUGAAAGCAUCUGUGAAGAGAUAAAACAGUUAAUAUAUCAGGUCUGUGACCUUUUAUCUGAUGUUGCCUGACCUACAGAGUAUUUACAAUACUGUUUUUAUUUCAGAUUUUGGAUUUCCAGCAUCUGCAGUAUUUUAUUUUUGCUUUAAACUGGGUAGGGCUUGCUAAUAACACAAAAAUGAUUGAAAGCUUUUCAGGCCACUGUGAUAUUUUUACUGGAUUUCUUCUAAUCUAGGAAAGCAUCAAUGAUCAGUUCAGUAAAAGCAACUUCAGUCCUAAAUUUAGAGAGGGAGCUGUGCAAGCCAAGAUUGUUUAGGUGCCUGCUGUGGAUAUACUAAACAAAAUCCUCACUGAGAAUUUGUGCUAGAACAAGCUGUUGAGGGAGAAGGUCUUGUGCAGUGCCCUAUUUGUAUUGGAUGCUAGGAUGUGACCUGGACAUCAAAGUUAGACUAAUGCCAUUCAAUGAGGUACAACUCAGUCUUGAAUUUGCCUUUCAGCUGGCGGUAAACAUGCAUCAUUACUGACUGGCUGACAACGGCAUCAGCCAAAGCCUCUAAUACUUGCAUCACAAUUCAUCUCCCCACUUUCAAAUCCCUAAUACUUUGAUUCCUACCUGUAGGAAAUCGCAGUGCGGAUAUCUUGCUACUUCAGUUGUUUCCAUAAAUAAGAAAUAGAAUGUGGUUGAUGUACACAAGAUACAAGCUUACCUGUGGACAGGACAUAAGACAGAUUUCUUCAUUUUUGGUUUUCAUAUCACUAAACAAAUGCUAUACGCAAAAAGCAAAAACCAGUAAAACUUGAAAAUGACUGGAAUUGAACAGUCUUGUGUUCCUGAAAAUAGAACUCCAGGAGUACUGGUGCCAGUCAUACUGGUUUUUUUUUUGACAAUUUUGAACUUUUUUUUGCCUUCUGGAUAAUGAAAUCUGUUAUGGAGGGCCUCUUUAUAUAUUAGUCUCUAUAUUGAGCCACACUGUGCCAUUACCCAGUCAGUCCACGUGAACUUCCUCACUUAACACUUCAUCUGCUAACCUGGCAAAGCUCUUAGGGUUGUGGCCUUCCCUCACAAGAACAAAAACUUUUUAUUAUCUAUUAGUAUCUUUUCAAGUUUUUGUUUUCAUAUAUCUCACUCUACUUUGUGUGAUUUGAUUGUUCACCAACUACUUGAUCAUGUGUGUAUCAAAGUUACAGCUCUUACUAGAUCCAAAUACACCUUCCUAAGACUUCAGCCAAGAACGUAAGGCUCGAGCAAGAGCAAGUUUGUGAAUCACCAGAACUAGGAGGAAAUCCUAAAGAUGGCAGGGCAUUCCUGAAUAUUUAUGGAGGUUAAAAUUCAUUUGAAGAAUGAAAAUUCUUGUUUGGAAAUAUAAUAAUGUACUAUUCAUUUGCUCUUCUACCUCCAUAGGCCCCUCAUCCAUGGAGGGUAAAUUGCUGAGCAACUGCUCAUUGUUUCCAGAUUUUACAGGGAAGCUCUAAUUUGUGGUUAAAAAUCAAGCCUACUGUUGAUUCAUUUUGUGACAUUUCAUUGUCUUCAUUUUGAUUUUUUGAAGGUAUUUUCUGUUUCUGUGUUCUAUUAUUUUUGUUCAAUUCAAAGUGUACCGUUUUGACUUCACACUUGCCUAUUGCCUUGUCCCUUUCCACUCAAUCUGACUAUGACUUUUUCCAACUUUCUGCUCCCAUCUACACAAUAUAAUAAUAUACUGUGCUGCCAAACUUAAGUGUUAACUGCACAUUUACAUACGCAGCUCUCUUUCUUCAUCCAAGUAUUUGAUGUAUACCCAGAAAAGAUCCAUGGGGGAAAACCAUUUGCCAAACCCUGUAUACCUAGUCUCUGUCUCCUACUUUCCAAGCAUUCACCAUUUGAUUGGGGAACAUGCCAUAGUCGUGAUCAUUCAAAAAUAGAGGCUGUAAUCAAGGAUUGUUAGUUUGAUCAAAACAGCUGUGCAGGAUUUAAAUCCCUAUUGAGGCAAAUAUUUUCAUGAAGGGUUGCACUAAGAGGGGCAAACAUCUUAUUUGUAUAAGGAAUUUUUAAAUUGAAGAUUUUGUUGUCAAAUGGCUUUUAUUCAAACCAGUGCUUGAUUGAUUAAAAACUCCAGAAGUGAAGUCCUCACAGUCAUGUUAACAAACUUUCCAGGUGCUCCAAUACCACAGCAGAAGUGCUUCGAUUACAGUAAGCCACAAGUGGUGACCAGUGCAAUCACAGCCUCAAUCUCAGGCUCUCGAGCCAGUAGACAAUAUGCUGGCUAAGCAGAAAGCUACUAGGGACAUGUGAAUUGAAUCAAUUUAUAUCUAGGCUGGUGUUGAGUGGUUGGCUAAUAGGUGUUAAUCUGCAAUUAGAAACUUGAUUAUGUAGUUUUUGCACAUUCCUAGGGCUAUAAAUAAGAGCCGGAUGCCAGGUUUUUAAAUGUAAUUUCAAGUUUGAAGCUACAUACUCUGUAAAAUUUUAAAAACAGGAGUGGGUCUUUUAUGGAAUUGCUUCGUAAAGGAUGAUAUACCUCAGAUGCCAGCAGUGGGGAACUAAGCUAUUGUUCCAUUUUCUUUUUCAAAACAAUAGGCAGAUUUGAAUUAGUUUCUCCAGAAGGAAAAGUAUUGUCUUCUCCCUGUAAUAUACAGCUAAAAGCCUACAUAAAUUUAGAUUUAAUAUGUCAUAAUUGAAAGUUCAAAGAAAAUUACAUUUUCAGGGUAAUUCAAAAGUUAAUGUACACAGUAUUGAAACAUCAGUGUAGCUGGAGUGCUUACCAGGAUAGAUUUUUUUUUCCUCCUGAUUCGUUCAGGAUGUGAAUCACUCGCAAGGCUGCAUUUAUUGUCCAUCCUAAAUUGCCCUGAAAAGGUGGGUGUUAGAUCUUGUCUUUGAACUGCCACGAGUCCUUGUAUUAAGGGUGCCAGGGAAAUUCCCAUAAUAUUGACCUAGAGACAAUGAAAGAAUGGUUACCUGUCCAAGUAAAGAUGAUGUGCAAUUUGAAGAUAAUGUUGUUCCCAUGACAUUGCUGCCCCUUGACAGUCUUGGCAGUAGAGGUCAUGGAGUUGAUAAGUACUGUCAAGGUGAGCUUGCAGAAUUGCAUCAGUGCAUUCUAUCUGGUGUGUUCAGUCACGAGGAAUCUGGCAAAGCAGACUGCUUUAUCCUGCAUGGAGUGUAGUGUCUUGUGGCUGUUCCCAUCUAAGAAAGUGAGUAUUCCCCCAAGCUGCUUAUUUGAGUUUUUGAUGGUGAAGAGGCCUAGAGGUGAACCACCAACUACGGAGAACCAAUUAUCUGCCUUGCGCUUGUACAUUUGGUGUUGGAGAUCACCAGGAUGUUGAUGUGUGGGCACUGUUGAACAUUGUCAGUGGGAUGUGAUUAGAUGUUCUGUCAUUGGAGGUGAUUAUUGUCCUGGUACUUGCAUGGCGUAAAUGUUACCUACCUAAACCUGGAUGUUAUCCAGCUCCUGAUGGAAGUUGGCAUGGUCCAUUUCACUAUCAGAGAUGGUGUGGAUGGAGCCUGAAACCCAUUGCUAACAUUUCAGUGAAAUUGGUAUGUUACAAUGUUGACUUUGUCAGAGUGGAAGAUUGUGUGAAAUGCUACAACUGAAAUUAAUUAUUUUUACCAUUUUGAUGCUUUCUGUAUUCAAAUGUUUUGAAAGCAUCGAGAAAUCAUUGCACAGCAAGCCAUUUGGAUUCUCUCUGCUGUGAAGCAUUUCUUCCCCUCUUGGAACAGAUCAGUUUUCCCUUCAUGGUAUUUGCAGCAUGUGUUUAUAAUUAUGGUAAUUAUUACUUAAGUGGAAAUGUAGAUACACAGAAUCUCAGAAAUUUAUAGUUCAGAAGGAGGCCGUUCAGCCCAUUGUGUCCUUGCCCACUGACCAGGAAAUAUCCAGCCUAAUUCCACUUUCUGGCUCAUUGACCUUAGCCCUGUAGUUUACAGCACUUUAAGAGCGUAUCCAAGUAUCUUUUCAGUGUUAUGAGGGUUUCUGUCACUACAACUGUUUCAGGCAGAUUUCCAGAUCCCCACUACCCCUUGAAUCCCUUUAACACUCCCAUCUCUUAUCCAUAGGGUCAUUGAUUAGAAAUGGAGCCCUCAGUCAAAGGGACUAGGGCCUUUCUAUCCACUUCAUCUAAACCCCCUCACAAUUUUAUACACUUCCAUUAGCUCUCCCCUUGGCUGCAUUUUUUCCAAAGAAAACAGCACUAGUCUAUUGUUUCCUCAUUACUAAAAUUCUCUAGUCCAGCAAACAUCCUUAUAAAUCUUCUGUAUAUUAUCGCUAAUACCAUCACAUCUUUCCUAUAGGGCGGUGACCAGAACUGCAUGCAGUACUCAUGCUGUGGCCUAACCAAUGUUUUAUACAGUUCCAGCAUAACCUCCAAGGUCUUGCCUUUAUUAGCUGAAGCAUAAAAUAUAAGUAUCCCAUGUGCCUUCUCAACCAUCUUAUCUACCUGUCCUGUCACCUUCAUGGACCUGUGGACAUGCACUCCAAGGCCCCUAUGUACCUCUACACUUCUUGUUGUCCCACCAUUUAUUAUGUAUCGCCUUGCCUUGUUAGCUUUCCUCAAAAGCAUUACCCCAAUCUUUUCUGGAUUGAACUCCAUUUGCCACUGUUCUGGCCACCAAACUAUUCCAUUGAUAUAUUCCUGUAGUCCACAGCACUCUUUUUCAUUAUCAACCGCAUGGCCAAUUUUUGUCUCAAGCAAAUUUUUAUUUUGAAAUUAUGGGGUAGAAAUUUGUCUAGGGUGGUGACGCAAAACAGGCAAUUGCAGAUCGGCUGCCCAUUAUACAGAGUGCCUGAUAUUCAAUCGCACUGACUGUGCACAUAUUUGCUACCUGAGUGCACCUUUCUUACUUUACUGAAUUGGCAAGUGCAUCAAGCAUGUUGCCUUAACAUAAAUAGAAGAAAGUAUAUCUGACAGUUAUUGUUCUCGCCAUUGGCAGCAGGAAGAUUAUAACACCUCUGGUUUAGAGUUGCAGGUGUCUGUUGGAAAUCAUUCCCUGUUGUUUAAGGAAAUAAUUUAUUUCUAUUAAAGAGAUUUCUUGUCAUACUGCUUUUGCUUUGGCUGUUGUCAAAAAUGUCUGCCAUAAUAUUUGAACAAGUUGUUGAAAUUGCAGCUAACAUCAAAAUCUGGCCCUGCCACAUAGAACUAGGGACUAGUUGAUGGAUUAAAGUUUCCAUUAAUUGUGAACUAGGCAGGAUGUUUCACAAGACUAUAGGAACUGUUGAGGAUGGCACUUAAUAAUUUCUUCUCCACAGACUUUAUAUGGACUUUGCACUGGAACUUGCAGUAAUUAGAAAUACAAAAUACCAUACUCUACAGGGGAUCUGUGAUCUCUAUGAACAGGGCAAGCAAUGAUGUCUCCUUAACCAAACAGAUUGAAGAAUUCUUACUAAGGCAUGUGGCAUCUAAACCAGGACAUGUAGGUUGGAACAGUUAAUUAAAUGCCAAAUCAUGUACAGAAAGUAUAAUAGAGAAGGAAAGAUGGGAUUGGGAGAGUUGAAGCAAGUUUAAAUUUUUACUUUUUUUAUGCCUCCAACAAUAAUUUAGGUCUGAAAGAAUAAGACUCCACACUUUUAAAUAAAAAGUUUUAGUGCCAGAGAGAUGGUUUGACAGUAAUUCAAAAUGAUCAUGCUGUUAAAAAUCCACUUAUACUUGAAUGGAGAAGCCCUAUUUUUUUCUGGUGAGGCUAGUUGGUAACUAUCAUGCAAAUACACCAACCUCAUGCCAUUCCAUGUAUUUCAAUGCACAGUCUCUCAGCGAGAUAGUGUUACAAUAAAACCUCUCGAGAAGCAGGGCAACUCGGACAGCAGUUUGCUGAUUUCCACAUUUAACUGUGCAUGUGCAGCCACUGAAAAUCGCUAUCUGGUUUACUGUUUAAUACUGGUAAGCACUGAUAGCUUCACCAUUAUUUUUAACUGCAAAAUCUGGGACAGGGUGCUGGGAAUUUCCCUUGGCUAUCCCGAUAAUCUGACGGAUCUUUGGCAGAAAUCGUUUUUGCGCCUUUAUCUCAGGUUGAUGUUGGAAAACUGCCUGCUUACUUUUACUAUAUAAAAUAUUCAUUUCCUGCCUCCAAAAUCGAUGGUGAGUGCUCGACAAUGGGCAGAGGGGGGUAUCUAAAAGGAAAGUUAAAUAAUUUAAAUGUUUUUUUGAUGGUUUUAAAGUGUUUAUUAAAAGGUUAAAAAAGAAAAGAUUAGAUUAGGUAAAACAAAAAUAAAAUUUUAAUGAAAGAAAGAAGGGAAAAAAGUAAGCAAGUGUUUACAUUUUGUAUUUGAGUUUUUUUACUAUAAUUAAGAUUCAUAAUACAGGAAGUAAAGUUAUACCUAGUGAUUUGAAUGGCUUUUACUAUAGUAUUAAUUGAAAAUGUACUGAACCAUUUAGUCCAGGGAAACUAGGGUUUCCCUAGACCUGCUAGCAGUAUGAGCUGCUGAUAACCAAGAUAUUGAAGUUGUAGACUAAAUGCAAAUACAACAGAUUCUGCUCUUCAAUGUUUUUGCACUCUAGCUUCAAUUGAACAAUCAUUGGAAGAAUUUCCACCAGUUUCUGGUGACAACUAAGCCAGUGUCUGUUCAAAUAAAUGCUAAAUGCAAUAGCAAUAACUUUAUUGCAUAUAAGCUGACUCCUUGAUGCAAACAAAUGUUAGUGAAUCAUGAAAUGUAUUUAACUACUGUAUAAUGUUCAGUUUUAUUCCAAUGAACCCUUGGUAUGCCAAAAAGAAAGGAUACUGUAUUCUGUGGAAAUAGCGGUAAACACAGCACGUAAACGUUAAAGCUGGCAUAUUGUAUCAAAGCGAUUGUUUAUAAAUUUUAAUUGUAUAGUUUUUAAAUUGUGCCUCGGAAUUGGUUUUCUAGCGUAAGCUUAUUUCCAUCUAUUUAAUUUGGUGUAUGAUAUUGUUUGCAUAUAUAUUUUAGCAAGUCUUUUUACUCUGUUCAGAAAAUAUGAAUCUUUAAUUUAUUUAAUUUUAAACAGUUUUCUAUAGAGGGAAUUACAUUACACUUCAAAAUGCAGCAAAGAUUGCAUAUCUUCACAGAAAUUACAAAUGAUUAAGUUUACUUCAGUUAAACCAUUAUAGAUUAAUAGUUUGUGAAAAUGCUGGUUAUUGGUUGGCAAUAUACAACUUGAAUUUGCAAAUUUCUGUUUUUGAAUUAAUCUCUCUUUUAUUGUAUUUCUUUGGUUGAGAGUCUCAGACAGUUGUUGGAAGGAGAACUACAAAAGGGGUAUUACUGGGACAGGAAACACAUUGUAUUUUAAAAAUUCAAAUUUGAACUGGAGCUAAAACGAGCUCUCCAGGAAGAGACUCGCUAGAGCUAUGUUCAGGCACAUUAGGCCCACCCUUAAGCUCUACUUUAAACAUGUGUGCUAAAUGAUAUAGCCUCUCUUCCUUCCACAAAUGCUAUUCCAUAUCAAAACCCUUAAUGUGCCCAAAUAAGACAAUUUUAAUGCCUGUGCUCAACACAGCUAUAGUCACUUUAUAUCUUCCAGUACAGUUUUUUACAUUCCAUGAGAUACACUGUCAACGUGAAUUCGGUUAUUAACAUAAACGGAUAUUGAUUGUGAAAUCAGAUUCCUAUUGUAUACAAGAGCACCAGCCCUGAAAUUAUUUCACAUCAAGUUUUGCAAGUGAAGCUGAUAUGUAAAUCAUAAGGCUUUGUUCUCUCUAAAUUGAACCUAAUUGAGUGAGAUUUUUAUCACAAAAAUAGCAUGUGCUUUGUAUUAAUGUUUUUGAAAUGUUGACAUUUACUGAUUGUCAAAUAACUGCAGAAGAACCUCUAAAUUAGUAAUUAUUUUUCUUUGUACUUUUCAUGCAUCUACAAGCAUAUAUUUUCUGUAUAAAUAACUGGUUUUGUGAAAUCAGUGGAGUGUAGUUUGAAUAGGGAGCAUUUUUAUGUUACAAGAAGCAUUUCUCCGAGCCUGGAGCACUUUUGUGACAAUUUCAUACAAAAUUAAAGAACAAACUUUUGCACAAAUAAUAAACUGGAUUUAUAGUACUGUACUGUUAAAUUUGAGGCCAAGAUUUUUUUUUGUAAUUAUUAGUCCUUCAAAGAUUUUUUUUUCCAGAUAGUACAUCACCAACUUUCAAAACAGAAUAAAAAUGUUGCUUGUAACAUGUUUUCAGUGUUCUGAUUCAGUUAUGGAUAAUGGUAUAGUUUCAAUCAAGAUUGCAGUUGUAUAGAUUUAAGCUUCAGCCGAGAAAAUGUGGCAAUAGAAUAAAUGAGGCAAAGUGACAGACCAAAUUCUUGGGUUGUGGGUAGCAUAUUCCAUAAUCGCAUGUAAAUAUCAGGCACAUUAACCAGCUUGCCCUAUAAUAAUUUCAGGAAAGUAUAUGCCCUAGGAUUCUUCUACAAGAUCAGUGUAUAUAAAAAUUUAAUGUGUAUAUGGAAAAUGUUUGCGAACAAAAUUUGUAAAAGAAAAAAACACCUUUGUAAUUAGCAUAUUUUUAUUCAUCGAUAAUACUGUUGGAAACUUGUAAUUUGCAACUAAAAAUGAUUUUGAAUAAUUGGGAAUUUGAUAACAGCAUUUCACUGCAAUUCUAAAACAAAAUAAGUAUAAAGCUGUUUGAUAUGGACAUUUGUUUCUUGCAAUACAAAAAGAUUGCCUAAAAUCAUGUGUAAAUUAAUGUAUUAAAAAUGUACUACUUCCCUAUUCUAUACAGAUUAUUUCAUGUAAUGUUUUAUUUUCAUGUUUUAAUUCAGAAUUUGUAUAUUUCUGUAAUUUUAUCUGUCUGUACCAUGAAUUCAGUUGUUAAACUUUCCCAAAUAUGUUUUCUCUUAUGAAGCCUACAAAUGUCUUUGUAAAUAAUUUGUAUUACAUUUUGCAUGCAUGGAAUCAUUUGACCAAUCCUGAGACUAUGUACAUAUAUGUAUAAUGUACAGUAUGUUUCAUAAACUUUCAUGUUUAAGAAA